UUGUGUCCGUCAUUCAUUCAUUCAUUUACUUGCUAAAAAAGGUAGAGAACAGAAACGGGAAAUGUUGGCAAAUUAAUACUAAUAAAUACGUGUAAUGAAUGUUUUGUUCUCUCAUUUAAGCUAAUCUUUGUGUAAUAUCUUGUGGUUUGUGCGAUACAGUUAACUGGGACGGGUUAUAAGUGAUCUGUUUACAUUGUGAAAUAAGUUUUAGCUCUAUAGCCGUGAAAAGUAUAUUCGUGUAAUUCGUAGCGAAAGGAGACUUUUUUGUUGCGAUUUCGGCGUUUUCAGUGCUCGGUGAUGGUAUUUAUGGACCGUAUCGGUGUACAGUUAUCCGAUAUUCGCGGGUGGCGACGAGAUUUUGGGUGUUUCGUCGCGUAAUGUUGAUCUUUCUGCGCUUGUGAACUGUAAACAGCGAAGUUGCAAGUUGCGACAACGGUUGCGGUUUGUAACACUAUAAAAUGGACACAAGGUCAUAGUUUUAGAGGUUUAUGAUGGCAUCUGGCACUUCCUCUUUGGAAAGCAAUGGGAGUAACGAGUCAAUAACGCACAGUUACGUGAGCAAUGAGAGGCACACGGCCGCCCAGCUGCCCAUCGAGUAUGAGGUGCUAUCGGCCUCACAAUGCUACGAAAAGCCCACCUACACACACACGCACACCAUGAGCGCACCCUACGAGCUGGGCCAGUAUGACGUCAUCAAUAAGCAAGCCAACGAGAGCCUCAAGCAGCAAUGCGAGAAAGCUCUACACGACCUCAACCAGCUGAGGCGACAGCACUCGGAGACGUCGCGUCGGUGUGAACAUGUCAUGAAGGAGUUGGAGUACUUCCGCGGGCAGCACCGCGCCGCCAUGAACCAGCUCGAGGUGUCGGCGCAGGAGGCGAGCAGUCUGCGCGGCAAGUAUGGCGACCUUCUCAACGACAACCAACGACUGGAGCGCGAGGUGCAGCACCUGCAGCAGAACAGCGGGCCCGAGGGCUCGGACGCGCUCGUGCAUACGCUCCGGAAAUACGACGCUCUCAAGGAAGAGUUCGAUUGUUUCCAGAAGAGGUAUGACGACUUAAUAGAGAAUCACAACACUUCUCUGGAGAAACUGCGAAUAGUCCAAGAGGAGAACAGUCGACUCAAGACGCAAUGUCAUGAGCUGACUCAGGAAAGAAACGCUGUGAUACGCGAACGCAACGCUCUGAAGCAGCAGGUGGCGAGCGUGGUGCGGCAGUGGGAGGGCGGCGGGGUGCGCGAGCGUGCCGACAUCAAGCGCCUCACCGACGAGAGGAACGCGGCCAUGGCGGAGUACACGCUCAUCAUGAGCGAGAGGGACACGGUGCACAAGGAGAUGGAGAAGCUGUCGGACGACCUGCAGGCGGCGCUCAAGCGCGUGGCGGCGCUGGAGUCCGCGCUGCAGGCCUCGCGGGAGGAGCAGCGGGCCACCGCGCUACAGGCGGAAAGUCUUCGUCGCGAGAUCGAGUCAGCGCUGGUGGACCGCGACCGCGCCAUCAAGGAGUGCACGGACUUGAAGACGCCGCAGAACACCGCCACACUUGUGAAGUCUCGUCAAGAUAAUUCUGCAUAUCACCACUUGGGGCUGACGAGUGGUGUUGGUACUGAUGGAUUCCUUAACGGGCAGCAUUCCAAUGAUCCGUCCAUGGACAAAUUGCAAGGUUUGGUUGGUAUGGUGGUGGACGCGGUGGACAAGGAGCGUGUUGACAACCUGGAGCAAGCCAACCAGGAGAUCGAGCGCCUCAGGAAGCAGACCGAGCGCCAGCAGGCUGAGCUCAACGACGCGCAGAGAGAGGCUGAGGUUUCCAAACGUAGACGAGACUGGGCGUUCUCGGAGCGAGAUAAGCUGCUGCAAGAGCGUGAAAGCGUCAAAGCGCUUUGUAAUAGAUUAAGAAAGGAGCGCGAUCAAAUGGUGGGUGAGUUGGCGGAGGCUCGUCGCCACAACAAGAAGGAGGCAAAGGACGGCAAGUCUCGCUCGAAGCACGAGGACAUGUGCCGGCUGCCGUCCCCCGCGCCCGCGCCGCACCGACACUCCGCCGACGUGCAGGACUUCGAGUGGGAGCUGAUCGACGUGGAGCUGAGCGGCGCGGGCGCGGACGGCUCGCCGGGGCUGGAGCUGAGCGGCGGGCGCGACGAGCCGCUGUACCCCAACGACUGCAGCGUCUACGUCACCGCGGUCAAGAAGGGCUCCGUCGCCGACGGGAAGAUCAAGGCGCUGGACCGCGUGGCGGAGGUGUGCGGCGUGUCGCAGUGGGCGCGCGGCUCGGCGUGCGCGGCCGCGUUGCGCGCGGCGCUGGCGCGCGGGCCCGUGCCGCUGCGGCUGCAGCGCGCGCGCGCCACGCGCACGUUGCUGCGCAUCGCGGCCGGCGGCCAGAGCCAGUGCGGCAUCACGCUGCAGCACGGUAUUUUCAUCGGCAAAAUAGCGUGCGGUAGUGCGGCCGCCAAGGAGAGCAACCUGUACGUCGGCGACCGGGUCGUCAGUAUCAACAACCGGUCGCUGGAGGGCGUGAAGAGCGCGUCGGAGGCGACGGCGCUGCUCAACGACUGCCAGUACGACUGCGUGCUGAUCACCGUGCUGCGCCCGCUCUACCCGUGCUGCGAUCCCCGGAACAGGGCUUCCUUCGAACCUGCGUACCCUUCGAACAGUACUCCUUCUUCUGAAGAACCUUGGGGUGCAUUCCUACCGCCUGCGCCGCCGCACGAGCCCAAGCAGGUACACAUAGAGCACGGGGUGCCGGAUUUUGAUAGGAGAUACGUUUACCACGUGGCCGCUGGCAGCCAGGGGAAGAUACAUCAAGAAAGAGGCACCUGGGAUAUGAUCGGGGGCAUGAUCCGCGGGAAGAUCGAAGCCGUCACCGGCGGCAAGUCCAAGGACAAACAGAAUAAGGUGCCGGAGUCGGAUGCUAUCGCAGAGUUAGAUUCCGUUAUCGACAGUUAUCACGGAAAAACAAUAAAAGAAACUAGCAGCGUGUUAAAACGAUCGCGUAGAAAAAACAAGGAAACGCAAAAUGAUGCGAAAAAUGGUGGAACGUGGCCCAAAGCGCGGGCGAAUUUCAUACUCGAGGACAACGCCACCGGCACCAUAGUACAACCCAGGUCGAGGAAAGAACGGCCACCACUGUCUAUUCUUCUCAGUCCACCCACGAAGUUGCCGCCCGAGCCGCAAAGAUCUAACACUAAUCGAAAUUCCAACCCCAUACCGCUAGGACACGUCCCUUUGACGCAAGUGACAGCGCCCGCGCGGCAUUCAGUGUACAAAUCUAUAGAAUCUAGUCCAGCGGUCGAGCAUUUUCCCAAACCGGCCCCCUUGGCCAUCCACAACCCCUUCGCUCCCACCGGCAUGAGUUUCGACAAAAACCGCACGUUAGAAAAGGAUAAAAUAUCCAUAAGCGAUUACGAGCAGGAAGUCGCCGCGAACAGAUUGAGUUUAGUUUUAAACCCGUCAGAAGAUUCGUUGUUCUACCAACCGGCGAUCAGAAAUCGAACGAAAAGCCCUCACUCGUUAGAUUUCAUGGUGAACAAGGGCCCCAAUUCACUGGAUUUCGUUACGAGAAAGUCACCCAGUUCUUUGGACCAUUCGAUAAAAAAUCACACGGGGAAAGAUAUCCUCGACCAGUAUUAUUCGUCAAAAAAGUCUUCGUCCCCCAAAACAGUGAACAAAUACCCUUCGGACAGUGACAGCUUUGGCCCGGACAGUUUGAACAGCAAUGCUAAUUUCCCCAUGACGGGUACCUUACCAACGCAGUCGCGGUUACAGUCUCAGUACUACAGGGGGCCGUUUACGAACUCGAACCCGCACGCGUCGAGUCGAUACACGCAUUUGUCGAGCCCUACGAAUAUACCGCAAAGUCAGUCAGGCGAAAGCAUCGGCACGACCUACGACAUGCACUCCUUCACCUCUCACACGCACAAUAUGUCAGAUCUCAAUCCCGUGCCGCGAGUGAAUCGGGAGUACCAACACACGUACGAAGGCGGCACGUUUCCGAGGAAGAAGGAGAAUCAGAGGUUUCGGAUACCGUCCAACCCCAGUGUGACUUCCAAAAAUUCCGCGGGAAAACUCAGCACUGGAUCCAUAGAGAGGAGCUCGGAGCGGAACUCGCCUAUGCCGACAUUUCACGUCGAAGUGUUGAGCCCGGGGAGGGGAGCUAAACAACUCACCCACAAAGGGACCAGGAAUUCAAUGCCGGAGUACUGCGGUUUAGGUUGGAACAAGCCCUUGCCUGGGGAACUUCGGAGGGUGCACAUAGACAAAAGUCAGCAGCCGCUCGGCAUUCAGAUAUACUGUCCGCCCAGCAGCGGCGGAGUGUUCGUAUCGACAGUGAACGACAACUCCUUAGCGAGUCAAGUCGGUCUUCAGAUCGGUGAUCAGUUGUUGGAAGUCUGCGGUAUAAACAUGCGCUCGGCUACUUAUACGCUAGCCGCGAGCGUGCUACGACAGAUUGGCAACUCGAUAACGAUGCUAGUACAGUACAGCCCUGAGAAGUAUAAGGACGAAAUGGACGUGCCCGGUAGUUCGUCUUCUGGGGAGAGUUCCCACGAUGAAGAGGUUUCGUUAUCAGGGUCGCCCACACCUAGAAAUUCACCCGGUCCUCAACAGUCUCUGAGGAUGGACGUGCCGUCUACUGACGUAGCGACAUUGAGACAAUCUCAAGGGAAUAAGGAUCUUCCGAGGUUCUUGUUGAUCGAGAUGCGCAACUGUUCGGACUUAGGUAUAAGUUUGGUGGGCGGCAACGCCGUGGGUAUAUUCGUGCACAGCGUGCAAAUAGAUUCGCCGGCGUACAUCGCUGGGCUGCGGACGGGAGAUCAGAUCUUGGAGUACAACAACGUGGACUUGAGGCGGGCGACCGCAGAACAGGCAGCUUUGGAGUUGGCGAAACCGGCGGAUAAGGUCAGUGUACUAGUCAGGCACGAUCUCCAGCAGUACCACGAGAUCAAAGACAAGCCCGGAGACGCGUUCUACAUCCGCGCGGGGUUCGACCGCUGCAACAAGAUCACGUCCAUCGGCAUGGACACCAUAGACGAGUAUUCUCUAUGGUUCCGCAAGGACGAGGUGCUGUUCGUGGACAACACGCUGUUCAACGGAGCCCCAGGGCUGUGGCGCGCUUGGCAGUUGGACUUUAAGGGUGUCAAGAGACAGUGGGGCACCAUACCCAGUAAAUUCAAGGUAGAAGAAAUACUCCGGCGAUCGAUAGGAACACUAGACAACGACGCACAGAGACGAGCGUCGAGCACGGCGAGGCGUUCGUUCUUCCGACGGAAAAAGCACAGAGACAGCAAGGAGCUGGCUUCCUUCUCCAACACGGAGCUGGGCUGCUGGAGCGACUCCGGCACCCUGGCUGACGAUGCGCCCCCGCUCUCCUACCAGAGGGUCGAGAGGUUGCACUACGGCAGCCGGCGGCCGGUGGCGGUGCUGGGCCCGCUGCGCGACUGCGUGGCUGGCAAGCUGGUGACGGACUGGCCGCACGUGUUCGCGCGCGCGCGCCCCGACCCGCGCGCGCUGCGGGACCUGGCCGACAAGGGCGUCCAUUGUAUAGUGGACGUCAGCGUGCCGACCAUCGAGAAGCUGCACAAGCACCAGAUCUACCCCAUCGUGCUGUUCAUCAAGUUCAAGUCCUUCAAGCAGAUCAAAGAGGUGAAGGACACGAGGUACCCCGCCGACAAGGUGUCCGCCAAGGCUGCCAAGGAGAUGUACGAACACGGCCUGAAAGUGGAGAACGAGUAUAGAAAUUAUAUCUCGGCUGAAAUACCAGCGGGCGUGAACAUAGCGUACAUGUGCACGCAAAUCAAAGAGGCGGUAGAGGAGGAGCAAAACAAAACCCUGUGGUCCGUCACCUUCUGCACGCACUGCAAGUACGACAAGCCCCCCCGGCACACGGACGCCGACAUCCGAUACUACUCCGACCCCGGACAACCCGACACGCCGAAACAGAAAGCAAAAAAGAAGCCCAAAGAACCAAAAAAAGACUCGACAGACAGCGACAUGAAGUACUACUCUGAACCGGACGCUAAAUACUUCGAAAUCGACUACGAAUUCCUGAAGGAGUUACGCAAAAUCGCUCGCAAACAUUGCCCCAAGUGUAAAAGAAGACGGUCUAAAAACAAAGACUCGAAAUACAAAGACAAGAGUAGAUUGAAACCUCCAAGACAUGUUCGCAUGCGGGAGAAUUUGGUUCUGUGCAACGGUCGCUAUCACAGCGACAUGGAGCAUUGUCAGCUUUGCUGCAAGAUAUGUAACCGUUCCACGGACACUUUGGAUUCUAUGGAGGACGAAUAUUCCCUAGUGUCCAAAAGUUACAGUCUCCCAUCCAGUAAAGGGACGAUUAGUUCGCGAUCUAAAUCUACUCCAUCCAAUCGCGCGCGGGAACGGAAGAAUUCUGUGCAAUCGAACAAAUCGGUGUCCUUCCUAGAGUCCAGCAACGAGGAGUCAUUGAAGGACGAACCGAAUUACACAGCUUCCAGUUUCACGAAUGAUUUAAAAAAGUUUCUCCUGAAACCUGCGUCGCCAAGACUGAGUUUACGCGAGAAGUUCAUCAUAAGUUUCAAACAAGAGUUGGAGGCGACCAAAAAGUCGCCCAAACUCAAAGCUAUAAAGGGACUGUGGAAAUCCUACUGAGAUAUAUAAAUAUAUAGCCUUUUUUUAUUUAUUUCGUAUUAACCUUCUGUGAUUGUUAAGCUAUGAACUUUCUUGUGUAUUGUUAUUAAAUUUUUUGAGAAUUUAUUGAAGAGUUAGGCGGAUAAGACUUAUUUUUUAUUUUAUACCUUUCAAACUUCAAUUUGCCGGUUAAUAAAUGGUGUAUUUGAUGAAAAAUUCAGUGUCCAAAGUGUUUCUUUUAAAACGAAUAAUUUCAUGUUAUAUAAUAUAAUACAUUGCAUUUUUGUAUUACAGUUACAUUAAAAUCAGUAUUAACAGUAUUGACGCUGCAUUGAAUAAUAUACAAAAUUUCAAGGUCACAGUGAAAUUAUAACUAUAAACUGUUUAAAAUCAAUAAGGACAAUUUUAUUUAUUUUUAGACUCAAUUGCGUACUUGAUGAUAUAUUUUGUAUGUAUUAUGGAGAUUAUAAAAAUAUAAAUAAGUAAUUUAUCAAAUACACUAUUUCUUUGCUAAAUAAAGCAACCUGCAGCCUAACUCACACUUGAGAUUUCCUUAACUUGGUGCUUAUUUUAGAUCUUAAAACUAUCGGUUCUCUAUAAACAUAUUUUCGAGUCAACGUACGUGUUCAGAAUUGGUCUAAACUUUGUAUUAGCAAUGUGUAGGUGCUAAAUAAGUAGAAGCUUUAUGUAUGAGGACAUUUAUUGAUGGCUACCGGCGUGUCUGAUUUUGAAUACAAUUUUGGUUGGAUGUCGACGCGUGUUUGUAAGCAGGCUGAUUGAAUCGAUCGCACUUAAUCCGUUAUCUAUGUGAGUCUUUCAUGAUAACGCGACUAUACGAAAGAAAUAAUGUGAAAGAAUGUAUAAGAAAUAUUAGAUUCUGACGAAUUGGAAACUUUCUCCUUUUUCGAAGACGAUUAUAAAACUUGGCGAAAUGGACUUGUCUUGUCUCAGUUGCUUUACUGACGUUCGAAGUACUAUUUUAGUCAUUUUAGACAUUCAGAUACGCCAUUCAUCGGAAGUCGACAAAAUCAGGUUAAUUUAAAUGUUAUUAAUCUAAAUUAGACAAAUUUAAAUGAAACUCAGACAGUACGUCUGUAGCUGCCAAUAGAUGUCCCAAAAUGGAACUAAAGUUAGGAGUUUGAGAAUUUACCUCUAUACAAUAAGUAUUCUGUAAGAAGUUACUAGGACAAUUUGUAGGGUUUAAUGUCUGUAUUUGAACGUUUAUCGUAUUAACAAGAUAUUACAGCAUCGUUUCUAAGCGUUUACAUUUUUGGAAGUGUGUGAUUUAGGAGCAUCCAUAAAUUGUGUUUUUUCAAAACAAAAUGUGCUACAAAAUGUGCCCAAUUACGUUGUUUACUGAUGAUUUUCGAAGAUGUUUUUCAAGAGAUCAACCUCCAUAUUUGAAACUUUUUAAAAUCCCAUAGAUAAUAAAAAGGAGCCCAUUGUGCCAAAUAAUCUGCUUCUGUAUGUUCUCAACGAUUGGUGCCGUUUGUCCUUUUGUUUUUCUAGUUGAUUAUCUUUCUCUGACAGGUUUAUAGCCAUGUGAAUAAAUUCGCCAACAUAGUAAAAUGAUUGUUAAUGGCUGAUUUUACGCUACUUUUAACGCUAAAUUUAAACUGAAAAAUGCCUCGUUUACGUGGUUUAUGGAUGUUCCUAUAUUGAAUUUUUGUCCUUUACAGUUUGUGACUUGUAUCUUUUUGAAGACUCUUAGAUGGUGCCCGAUGAAAUACAUUCGCGCCAAUUCUAUCGAACACGUAACUUAACUAUUUCAGUUUUAUUAAAAGCAAGCAACUCUUGCUAUUGUUUUGUUAAAUAUUUUAAUAUUACUCUCAGAGCUAGGUGUCUCAUGUUUUGUUUCUGGAAUAUAUUAAGCCUUAUGGGCAAAUUUGGAAGUUUUUAUAAGACUGAAAAGGAUUAUAAACCAAAAUUGACAUUGAGUUCUUUGAAGUCCACAACUGAUGACCACUCUUGUCCUCUCUUGAAAAGCAGGUAAAAUAAUGAAAAAAGAAGUAUCUUUUUAUAUUAUGCCACAUAUCACAGUUAUUGUAAGGACAAAACAGGACAAUAACCUGCGAUGUGUGGUAUAACCUAGAAAAAGGUCUCAUGCAUAUUAAAAAAGUACAAAAAUCAAUAUAAAUUAAAAACCGCAAAGUUAGCUAGCACCCUGUAGAGUUUCUCAUAUUGUUUACGGGACUCUCUGUAUUGGAUAUACAGACUUCCCUUAACUUACUGCACCUUCACUUAAAAUAACGCAAGCAGUGCUAAUUUUCAGUUAGAUUUGGUCAAGGAUUGGUUUUGUUUGUUUUCUGUUUCGUGUUCGAUAGAAUUGGUAGUCAUUUAUUACAAUCAAAUAAAGUACUACAAAGUUUUAUAUGAAUAUUUAUAUUAAUAUUUGAUAAUAUAAUGCAUCUUCUUCCCCAAAUUGUCUUUUAUCUAUAAUACAAUCCAUAGUUAUUUCACAAUAUUUCAAAGCUACUAUAUUUAUAUACAAUUAUGUGACGUGAAACAUUUUAUAUCUAGUGACCAUUUAAAAUUACAGUUGAAGGCUUUGUUUGGUAUUACUGAUGGUAAAGUAAGUUCUGAAAGAUAAAAUAUAAAAUUACAGAAUAUUGUUUUAUUAGAUACAAAAAGUUCAAAAUAAAUCAAUAAUUAAUUUCUACCAUUGUCGAGUUUUGUGAACUGAAAUACUAUUCUUUAGCGAUUUUUUAUAACUCGGCAGUACGAGUUUCGAAUUCUCUAUAUCUCUCUAUUUGUAGUAUUGUGUUAGCUAGAGAGAUACAGAGAUUUCUAACCUCACACUGUCACUGAUAUUUUUCGCAGCUUACUUUACUAUCUAUAAGCAUUUAUGGGCUCUUUUACAUUACGAGUAAUGUUUAAAGCUUUUAAGACCUGAUUAGAAUAUUAUACCUAGAUUUUCAACUAGAAAAUAAAUCUUUUGGCAAAUAUUAAAGUGAAUCAACCUCUAUAAAGUAUUGUAAAGUGCAAGAGUCCCAACAUGCCUUUCUUAAAAAGCCCUUAAAAGUUUUUGAAAGUGUCUUAGUCCUUAGACAUUAGGUAUUAGAUUGGAGUAACACAGUUCACCUUAGACUUAGAGGUAGCAUAGUAUGUUUGAGGUAGUUCCUUAGGGAUCAAGUGAAAUCGUAAAACUUUUGUUAUGUUUAUAGACAUUUAUAGUAUUAUAGAAUGUAUGACGUAACGAUUCCUAUGACGCCGUCUGCUCAUUUGGACUUUUUGUCAUAGUGAAGUAUUGUUACCAAGUGGUAUAUGCAAUUGAAAUAUAAAGAAGCACGCUCACUGUUGAGACGGUGAUGUGAUGAAUAGUUCCAGCACAAGAAUUGGUGAAUUUUUGUUAUAAUGACAUUUAAAAUAUAUGGAAGCGCACGAAGUAUGUGGAACUAUUUGUCACAUCUCUCGUGGGUUGAGAUUUGGGUGAAUUUAGUAAUCCAUUCCAAGACUGUGCUCAUUUGGUAGCCGAGCGAUGAAAACAAUGGUCGCACUGGGUAACGAUAGGUGACAGUGUCAAAAAGUUACAAAAUCAUAGUGACUCAGAACCACUGAAGGGAAAUUAUUGGCUAUAGUCGAUUAGAAAAAAAUACGAUGUAACAAAAUUUACACUUCACUUUAGUUUUGGAUAAGAAACUAACUCAGUUUUAGACAUAUUUCUAAAUUAAAGUGACAGAGAAUAGUUCUGUUCUUAAUCAAAAGACCUUUUAAAUGGGAUCUGUCAAUUUAGUGCAAUUUUAUCUAUUACUGAGUACACAACAGUUACAAAACGUGACAUCAAAUUGAUAAAACGCGUUUUCUGUCAAAAUAUGAUACUUGGCCUGUCAUUUUAGUAAUGGAACGGUAACAAUACAGUACAACGAAAUUAAUAAUUUAUCCGUAAUGUAACAAUAUUAGAAUGUUAUUUUAUGAAAACUCUAGUACACAUAUCACAAAGCACGUACAUUAGGAAGCACCUUGCAACACUAGAUAUAUAACAAUAAAUAAACUUACAGGCGUUCCCACUGUGUGUGUGUGUAAUAUAGCGGUAAAUAGUAUGUUAUAUAACAUUUAUAAUAGUAUGUUAUAUAUCAUUAUUAUUAUUAUUUCAUUUAUUAUUUUUAAUUAUUACAAGCGUGUAUGUAUGUCAAUGAAUAAUCUUUAUGUAAAAAAGUGUUAUAUACGAAUGAAAAUGAAGGAUUACAUAUAUAACAAAACAAUUAAUAUAUUUGUGAUAAAAUUAAUUAAACACUUAUGUGAUUGUUUCUUUAAUCUGCAAGAAUCCUUUACGCUGUUCAUUCUUAUUUUUUUUUUAAUAUUAAUGAAGUGAUACAUGUUGUAUAAUAUAAUAUUACAGCUAAAUGGGAGCGCCUUUUUAAUGAAUAUCUUAUAUUGAUUACAUAUACCUUUAGACGUCCAUAUAUAAAGCGUUAUACAUGUUUAAUUAUAAGUAAAUAUUACACAUACGUUUGCGUAUUGAAAAAGUAAUCGGAACAUAUAGGGUCGGAUAUUGUAUGUAAUGUAGGACCAAAUUUUUUAACGUCUAUGAAAAUAUUUUUUUUUGGUUAUAAUAUUUAAUGUGUUUUAAAUAUUUACAUGGGCAAUUUUUUGUUACAGCUUGUGUUUACAUGCGAUAAAAUCUACAAACACUACUAUAUAAAUAUGUGAAGUAAAUUGACAGGUGUGAAAAAUGUGUUAUAUAGUUUGAUUAAAAAUAAACUUGGUUUCAUUUAGCUGAACACAAUUACAAGUCCACUGAAGUAGUUGCCGUUUUUUUUAUUUUAUAUGCGUUUUUCAUAUAUUUUAUAAUUUGUUCGAUACUUUCUCUAACUUCGCGUUCGAUUGUUGACAUACACUUAUUACAGAAAAUGUCAAUUUAGUUUUUAAAACCUGUCAAUUUAGUUUAAAAGAUUUGUCCGAAUCACCACUAAACAUAAAUAUAGUGCAGAAUGGAUGACUACGAUCUCAUUGAUAUUUUACAUUGUGAUGAGGCUUUAUAACGAUAUUAAUUUUUUAAAAUGAUUUUCAGCACAGUUUUUAGUGGUUAAGUUUUUUAUGUACAGACGUUUGGUACGAGUUUAUGUGACGUUAGCACUAUUCGCUUUUCGCCGUUUUUUGGAAAAUGAUUUUUCGUACGCGCACAGUUUCGUAUAAGACGGCCACUGGUUACUUUUAUGUCCAAAAUCAAAGUCAGAAAUAUUCUAAAAAGAACAGGAAAGUUUAUUAUGAAUAGUAGUCACCUACGUUUGGUAUUAUUUGUGGACGUAGUUCCAAGUGAAAGAUAUAAACUAUAAAUCAUUAAUAUUAUUAUAUAACUAAAUAUUACCACCGCUUAUAAGGCAACUGUGCGCGUAAGAAAAAGCCUUAAGAUUUUAAGUGUAAACGUAGAUUGAGAAACCUAUAGACAAAGAUUAAAUGUUUUAAAAUAUUAAUAUACACAUUAUUCUUAACAUCAGUAAACACGUAGACUAUCCUUGUUAUGACGUUGUUUCUUAUUAUUUAAAAUCAUCGUAGAAUCAAUAGGAUUAGUGAAUGAUUACCUGAAUGAUUGUUUGUUAUUUAUUAAUUCUUAAUUUUUUUUAUAUAGUAAUUUACAAGUUUAUUUUAAAAUAAUAUUAAAACUACCUACUUAUAUUGACUUUCUUUUUAUUUAUUAAAUUUCUUAACUUAUUGUAUUUUUCUUCAUAAUCUAAAAUAGGGUACCAACGAUAUAGGUUUCUCUGUCUACGCCUUUUAAAGUUUUGUUGUUUUUUUCGGUGCUUGUAUGGCGCCACGUGUUUUAUAACAAGCAAUAUUAUAUAUAAACCGUUAUAUUCAAAAUGGAAUGGCCGGGAAUAAUAAAAAAUGAUAUAAACUAUUUUUAUUAACUAAAGCUCUGAAACUAUAUUUAUGUAGAGAUACUCUCAAUAUUUUUUUAAACUUAAAGUUUCUACUUGCUAUAUUUUGGAGUACUGAGUCCUUAUUGGUUGUGACGAAAUUAAAUGUGACUUUUUAAAAUUUAUUAUCAAAUAAUAUUAGCAAUGUUUAAAAAAAUUACCAAACUUUCUCUCCAACUAAGCAAAAAGCCCGGCUAUUGGACUAUUGCCAUACCCACAUGGCAAUAGUCAGUGAUUUUUGCACUCAUGGCAUGGAAUGUUUGUCAUUUUUGUGUCAAAAAUAUUCUUAAUGUUAGCCGACGUAAACAGAAGUUCAGUUUUAACUGCACAAUGGAAAUGUUCAUUUCAUUUAAAUGGUCCGUGUGCAGUUGUUGGCAGUUUUAACUGUACAGUUUUUUCUAACUGUACAGUUAAAACUGCACUUCUGUACCACCAGUUAGCUUAAUGUGCAAUGGUCAUAAUUCAUUAUUUGAUUUUUAAUUAGUUCGGGAAAUUAACAAAACAUUUCAAUAAAUGGUUUCCAAUAUGACGUCACGUUUCUUUUAAAAUGUCAUAUCGAAUCGGGACUCAAUAAUUCUCUCUCUCUAUCUGCGUCCUAUUAUGGUUGUUUAAUAUUAAAAAUAUGAUUACUGUAAUACAUAAAGUAUGGUGCUAAUUUUAGUAAAAACCCAUUCAACGAAUGAUUACGAGGAGUAAAACAGAUCACUAUUUUUGGUAAUAUAAAUAUUUAUAUUUACUAUACGCAUUUUAAAAGGCCUCUUUUGAUAUUUUUUCUAAAAAAAUAUGUUUUAUUAAAUGUAAAAACUCGUCAUAUAUUGUGCAAAAAAACAAAAACAACGUUGGAACAUACGCAAAAUAUGAAAGAGGCCUUUUAAAACGGCUCACCUUUAGCACACCGUCUAAUUUUUUUUUUAUUAUUCCCGGCCAAAUGAAAAAGUAUAAUAAAAUAGUUACCAUAUAUAUACAUACAUAUAAAGAAUAUUACCUACUUAAUUAAAAUUGCACAAAAAUACAGUUCAAUGUAUAACUAAAAAAUAUAUUUUUAAGCCACAGUUAGUUAUUAAGUGUAUGUUAAUUUUGAUCUGAUAUUACAGCUAAGGAAUUUGGUUGCUAAGGGCUGUUGUCCACCGCGGAUGCGUCGCGUAGCGGGAGCAAGCCAUGAAAAUGUUCACAGCGAAGUUCCUUGCAACUUGGUUUCUUUUUGUCGUUUUAAUUAUUUACUCGUAUAUUAAAGCCUUUGUAUACGAUUGACAUUUUUAAAUAUAAAAGAGGGUCUUUGAGGUUAUCGUAUUUUAACAUACCGAUAACGAUAUAAACGAUACAUAUGUUUACAAAACCAAUUUGCAGCGCUUUUCGUGUGAACAGCGCUGCAAAUUGAAUUUGGAAAUGCGAAUCUACAAGUAACAACAGGCUGAUAGACUUUGCUGGUUGUAGAUUCCCAUUGAGGUCAUGUUGUACAAAGGCGACGAUCGUUUUGUUAUUGGAGUUUAUUAAUUAAUUUAAUUAUUAAAUGUAAGUAUAUUUAUUCAUCCUAUAUAAGUACGGCAGCCGUUUUCUCUUUUAAUAAUAUUUUACAAUGAAUGUACCAAAAUUAUCGCAAUCGUUUGCAUCUCUCUUCAUUGGCAUUAGCAUACACAUCAUUUGAUUUUCUUGAUCAUUGAAAUGAAAAUGCCACGUGUUAUUCUUGGCAUUGUUAUAUUCACUUCAACCUGACUUGAGAUUUUGUUUGAAUUUUGAUGAAAUUACAUUUAGUAUGGAAUUCAAUCUUUACUGACAAUCUGCUUGAAUAAUAAAGGAUUUUUUAGCAAUAUUCGUAUCGAUGUUAUUUUGACUUUUAAAAUAAAUUGAUAAUCAUGGUUAGUUACGCUUCGCAUCGCGCCUAAUGUGGAAUGCUAACCUUAACAUUUUGCUUGAUAAUUUUAUUAUUGUACAUUAGAAAUUAAUAUAUUUUUAUUUAUAAUAAUAAUAUUAUUAUAACACUUUGAGAGUCCCUAAAUGUGUAUUUUAAAAUGGACAAUAAACAGUAUUUAAAUUAUAAAAAAUAUACAAGGUAGUUUCGAUGUCUUAUUUUGGAGAUAUAUUUUAUCUGUUGAUGUUUUUUGGUUUUUAUUUUCUGUAUUUUUGAAUGGUAUUAUUAUUCUUUAUGUAAAUUCGUUUUAAUUAUUAAGUAUCUUGUAUAUUAUAGCAGUUGAGUGAAAAUACCUUAUAAUAUUAAUUAUUAUAUUAUUAUGUUUAUAUUGUAAUGGUUCAACGAAUUGUUUACAAUUUGGAACGGAGCAAUAAAUAUUAUACGGAAGAUU